AUGGCCGCACCCCAGGUUACCUUCCGCGACGACGACCUCAACGUCGUGCCCAGCACCUCCCUUGGUCUCCCUGCCCAGGCCAAGACGGUCGACAUUGAGAGCGAGACUCGUACCCAAAACAUGGGCAACCUCGCCACUCACAUGCUCGAGCUGGACCACAUCCGUGUCUUCAACUUUGACAAGAUCAGCCAGGCUUUCCCCUUCAAGGCGCGUGAUACGUUUAUCAUGUCCCUCAAUGCCUUCCCCGGCGCCGCGACGGACAUCUCGGCCCACAACGACGACGCCGGGUUCUUCAGCCCUCGCCGCGAGCUUAUUCACGAGGGUCCCAAGCGUCUUGUCCUCAAUAUUCGUACCUCUGGCGGAUAUCAGGAGCCUUCCCUCUCCAUCGCGCAGCAGGCCCCCUUUGGAUUCCCCGAUACCGUCAAGGAGGUCGUUUUCAUCUUCUCAGAGGUGCCCACGCCUUCCAUCAAGACUCUCACCAAGACCCCUCGCGACCGCCUCCAGCUCUUCCAGACCAUCAUCGAGCUCAUUUUUGACGCCAACCACGUCAAGUUUACGUUUGUCGACAUGGGAUACAUGAGGCCUCGCUGGAAGUACAACGAGGUCAUCACCGAACACGACCACGACAGCAUGUGGGAGUCGACGACCAAGGCGGUCUGGAGCACCUCGGAGGAGAUGGAUGGCGACGACGCCAAGUAUGCCGACUUUGACUUCCUCACUCGCGAGGAGUAUCGCAAGAAGGUCGGCGACAAGCAGUUUGCGCUCGAGACCAUGGCCUAG